UAAUAAAUUCUAUUUUUAAGCCAUCCAGUUCACUACUGCCAGUCAUUCUGUUUUUCUCCGUUUUUAACGAAUUUCCUUCCAAUCUAGUAAAAUAUAAUAUACCAUUUCAAUAUUAUUUAUUCUCUCUUCUCAUUAAGUGUUAUUAUUUUUAUAAUUAUCGUGUUUGUUGCUAGUUUAGUGUUUUUUAAUGUCAGGCAACACUCAAAGAACGACAUAUCGACCUCCAUGGGUGAAAGAUGGACCUAACCCUGUGCCGAAAGCUACUGUACCAUGGAGAACUAAAGAUAAGUCUGCCACUACUCUCGACCAACCGGAUGCGACUGACGAAGUGAAACAUUUUAAAUUGAGAAAAGUCGGACCUACCGAAGGAAGAAAAGUUACUGAGAUAAAAAUCGUACCUAAGAUUGAUUCUCAAGGCCCGUUGCAAAUUAACAACAAGCAACCCGUUGUAGCACCGGUCCCAGAAAAAGCGAAAAAAACCACCAUCGCCACUACCACCAUGUCGUCGAAACCCCCGGCUUCGACGAAGGAGACACAGGAUUCUGCCAACGGUCCUUCAUCUUCUGGUCUUCCGCCCCAACGCCCGACAUUACCGUCAGCGCCACCGCCACCACCUCCAUCCCCGCAACAGAGAAACAUGCCGCCUGGGCCACCGCCGCCGCCGCCGCCGCCGCCGCCGCCUUCUGGUUCGGCUAGUUCCAACAACGGCCCACCCUUAAUAAAACCACUAACGCCAGAAAAAAUGAAAAAGUUGGAAUCUCUACGAAGUCGACCAAGAAGACGUCCCGACUGGUCGGACAUGAUGAAAGAAGUUGAAAGUGGUAAAAAGCUUAAACAUGUCGAGUGUAAUGAUCGCAGUGCUCCAAUUAUAUCAAGUACCAAGUCCAAAGGACAGUUCUUAUAUGAAUCCGAAACGAAAGCAGAAGAAACAGAUCACCACCAACUACUGAAAGACAUUCAGCAUGGUGUUAAGCUUCGUAAAGUAAAAACGAACGACAAGAGCAAACCUUAUAUAGAAGGUCUGAGAAAAUUUAGAAGACAAGAAUCUAUUGUAGAAAAAAUACAAAAGUCCGUGUCGAUGGCUGAUGUCGUGGCCGCUGCAGCAGAACCCGACGAACUUGAUGAUAUUGAUAAAGUGAGAGAUGAUUUGCAAUCAGCCAAACAAAUGCUAGCGUUAGAAUUACGAAGCAAAGAGGCCUUAGAACGAGAGAAUAAAAGGCUUUUAGCUAGAGUUUCUAACCUACAAGAAGAACUUAAAGAUAAGUCGAGCACUUCAGGACCCCAGGCGAGAUCAGAUUCAGACCAACAGCUCAUCAACAAAUUAAAAGAAGAAGCAUUAGAAGCUGAUCGUAUUGUUAAAGACAUGGAACAAAAAUAUCACGUGACUGCAGAAGAACUAGAUAGCACUAGACGAAAAUUGGAAUGUGCUUGGCUUAGAAAUCAGAAACUAGAAUUAGAAUUAAAAGCUGCUUUGUCGAACAAAGUGGUGUCUCAACAGCCAAUUCCUCGAACGAUUUCUAUGAAAAAGUUGUCUGUUAUGCCAUCCGUCGAACAUUUAUCUGAGGAAGAAGAGAUAGAAGAAGAGGAAGAGGAGGAAGAAGACAGCUCUGAUGAUGGUUCUAGUGAUGCGUCACAGGAAAUCGAUGAAGCUCGUAGGUCAGCUAGAGAAUUGAAACUCUUAGAAGUUAAAUUAAAAGCCGUUAAAGACAAACAGAUGUCUGCGGUUAAAGAACGAAAAAUACUUAAACAAGCAUUGACGAAGAAACAAACGGAACUAAAGGCCGAAAAAAAAAAAUACAAAAUGCUACAAAAAGAAGUGGAUAAAAUGGCAAAACUUAUGAGAGACACUGAAGAUGAUGAAGAAGAUGAAGAAGAACAAGAAGAAGAAGAAUCGGAGGAGGAGAGUGAAUCAUCGGAGAGUGAAGAGAGUGAUGAUGAUCCGCAGAGCGAAGGAGAGGCUCCUGCAUCAGCCACUCCCGAACAGAAAAAAGACAACUUGUGCCGUCGGUUUAAAUACUACGAAGGACGGUUGACAUCGUUGAAAAAAGGAAAUUACUUGCUCAAAGCGAACGUAGAACGACUCACCGAUGACGUGAAUAAGCAAAAAGAAAUGUCUCUAGUAUUACAAGAAGAUUUGAAUUCUGUCUUGGCCGAACUCGGAUGAAAAUAUUCAGAAAUUACUCAUUAAUUUCGCGUAAAAGAAACUAAAAAAAAAAAAAAUGAAAAAAAAAUACGAAAACUAUUUCAAAAAUAAUAUUAUUAUAUUUUGUGGCAUGCAUAAUCCGUUGAACAAUGCGAUAUUUUAACAAAAUAAAUAUUAUUUACAGUAAUUUGAUUUUACAGCAUAAUGCUUAAUUGACAAAUCGAUAUGUUUCAAGAAGAAAAAUUAUGUACGUGCACUGUCGUUAUCAUGUACGUUUAUUGUCGUGUACAAUCGUUAUAUUAUGAAGUGAAGUUAAAUUUGAUCACGACUCAUUCGCAAUACUAAUUCGUACACGUACCUGCAUAACUAUACUUAAUUAUUUUUUAAAACUACAUUCUACUGUUGUGUAUUCUAUGCUAAGAUGUAUUUUACGGUACCCAGUAAUUGUUACUAGUGUAAUGGUUAAGUGGUCGCGUAACAAUGUUAUUGUUGUUGUCGUGUUUUUACCACGGAUCAUUGUCCCUAAUGCGCGUUAAUACUCGUGUUAUUAGACUUUUUCUUCAAACCCAAAUAUCCGGUAAUCGAAUUUUCGCCAACUGCCUGGAUGUACUGUUAUAGCAAUAAAACAGAUUGCUGUAGUGUUUUAUUUUAGAGCAAUUUAUUUUUAAUAUUAUUAAUUACAAAGUUAUCCUUUUCAAUUAUCAUUAAAUUGAUAAUACAGAUUUAAAACCGAUAUGUGUUUAAUUUCCUAUAUUAUAGGACCUAUAACAUUAAUGCCUCUACAUAGUUUCGGAUCGUACACAUUAUAAAAUUAUACAUAUAAUCUCUUAUUAUAUUAUAUAUUUUUUAUCAAAAAUUAUCUUCUAUAUGAUGCAUACAACUUGAAAUGUAUAUUGAUAAUUUACAUUUACUCGUACCAAUAUACGGUAGAAUGUUUUUAAUAUAUCAAAUAUAAAGAACCUAACCCGCAAUCAUUAUUAGGAGUUUUGUUUUACUCCGGACAGGAAAUUAAGCUAUUGUAUCUAGGAAAAUUCGGUAAAGAUUUUAAAUGAGGUAAAGAAACAACGUAGAAAUGUGAAUGAAUGGGUUCGUCCGCAGACGGAAAGUAAAUGGCUUUCUGCCUAUGUGUAACUAUUACAACUUUCCUAGAGGGUUGGAUGUUAUUGAGUAUAAAAACGGUUUAUAGACUCGGUGCAAUUUCUUGGGCCUCGUAUACGCCCCUUAAUAUAGUGAACUAAGCACUUACCUUUUGGCUUUUAUUGUGUACAAAACAUAGUAUAAGAUGUCCAAUUGUAACUAACGUAUCGAGAGAACAAAUAAAUACUUUAUCGGGUCGAAAUA